AUGGCGCCGGCGAAGGCAACCAUCCCAGAGGCAGACGAUGCUGCUAGAGACUUGGCACAGUCGCUGACGAGCACGACCCCAGCGAGCAUGUCCGAGCGGCUCCGGGCCAAUCUCGCCGCAGCGGAACUCUCUGUCUGGGAUGCCAGCGAGGUGAAGCGCAUGAUGUGCAAAGCGGCGGUGACAGGAUGGGAGCAG